UCUCUUUGGGCGGGGAUGAGGCUGCAGAGAUGUUGGCUCCAUUGCUGGCAGGUGCCCAAGCGAGAGAGGACACAGAAAGUUUCACCUCCCUUAUCUCUUCCUCCACCAGACACUCUGCCCUCUGCACUGGAGAGAGCAAGAGGAAAAUCCCUGGGAGCUUUCAGACAAGGCUGCAGAACACCAAUGUCUGACUCCAGCUCAGGCCCUGGCCUGCAGAGGCGGGGACAGGAAAUGGCCGUGGCAGAGCCGGUGAGCUUCAAGGAGGUGGCUGUGUAUUUCUCUGAGGAGGAAUGGGCUCUGCUGGACCCGGGCCAGAGAGCCCUCCACAGGGAUGUGAUGCGGGAGAAUUACGAGGCUGUGAGCUGGCUGGCAGGUGAUGGGAUGCUGAAUGAGAACAGUGAGAGGAGACUUCAGGAGGAAGGACCUGAGCAAAUGACUCCAUGUGGGGUGUUAGUGGGAAGGUCUGAAGGGCAUGUUUCUCAGAAUCCUGAGGAAGGAGAGACUUUUGAGAGUCAGCGUAGUCUACAAAGGCAGCAGGGAAACCAUCCACGAGCACGACAGUUCUACUUCCGUCAGAGGUCACGCCUUGUUAUCCAUAGGAGAGUUCACACGGGAGAGAAACCCUUCAGCUGCUCUGACUGUGGGAAAAGAUUAAAUCACCAGUCAGAGCUUGUUAGACAUAGAAGAGUUCACACAGGGGAGAAACCCUUCAGCUGCUCUGAAUGUGGGAAAAGCUUCAGUCGGAGGUCACACCUUGUUAUCCAUAGGAGAGUUCACACGGGAGAGAAACCCUUCAGCUGCUCUGACUGUGGAAAAAGCUUCAGUCACAAGUCACAGCUUGUUAUCCAUAAGAGAGAUCACACAGGGGAGAAACUCUUCAGCUGCUCCGAUUGUGGGAAAAGCUUCAGUCUCAAGUCACACCUUGUUAGACAUAGGAGAGUCCACACAGGAGAGAAACCCUUCAGCUGCUCUGACUGUGGGAAAAGAUUAAAUCACCAGUCAGAGCUUGUUAGACAUAGAAGAGUUCACACAGGGGAGAAACCCUUCAGCUGCUCUGAAUGUGGGAAAAGCUUCAGUCGGAGGUCACACCUUGUUAUCCAUAGGAGAGUUCACACGGGAGAGAAACCCUUCAGCUGCUCUGACUGUGGAAAAAGCUUCAGUCACAAGUCACAGCUUGUUAUCCAUAAGAGAGAUCACACAGGGGAGAAACUCUUCAGCUGCUCCGAUUGUGGGAAAAGCUUCAGUCUCAAGUCACACCUUGUUAGACAUACAAUUGUGCCCCUCCUCCUUUGUCCUUUCUAA